AGGAGCUCCGUCCACUUCAUGUUUGGAUUCUGAGACAGCAGUACACAGCAGAGACCCGAUCUGUGUUCAGAAUCAUCGGGACAGUUUGGUUGUUCAGUCAGAAUCAGCCCUGUCUCUUCACGUAUUAUGUUGUUCUAAAUGGGGGGCUGCGAUGCCCCCUGCAAAAGACCCACCUGUCAUCAUGUCUAACUCUGGUUUCCGCGGUUGUCGCACUAUCUCGCAGCACCUGAACGACCUGAAGAAGGAGAACUUCAGCCUGAAGCUCAGGAUCUACUUCCUGGAGGAGAAGAUCCAGCAGAAGUUUGAGGAGAGCAGUGAUGACGUGCACAGGAGGAACAUCGAGUUGAAGGUUGAAGUGGAGAGUCUGAAAAAUGAGCUGGAGAGAGAAACAACAGCUUCUGGACAAAGCUCUGUCAACAGCAGAGAGCUUGUCCAAUCAGAGCGAAGCCGAGCUGCAGCGCCGCCUGGAGGAUCGGCAGCAGGAGAUCUGCCACAUGCAGGAAAUCCUGGAGACCAAAGUUCAGCUGCUGCAGGAGGAGGCCGAGCUGGCACGAGACGAGGCCGAGCGGAUGGCCUCGCUGGCGGACUCGGAGUCUCAGCGCUGCCUGGCUCUGGAGAGAGAGAUGGUGGAGAGGAUGGAGGAGAGCGGAGGCUCAGGUGGAGCGCUCACCCAGCAGAACCUGAGCGACAAGGACAGGGUGAUCGAGGAGCUGACACAGCAGAAACACUCACUGGGUCUCCGGGUCGAGGAGCUCGAGGUCAAAGUUCACAAUCUCUUCUCGUCUCUCCAGGAGAAAGGAAAAGAAGCUGAGAGCGACGGCGAGCGGCGGGUCCAGGAACAGAUGCAGGCUGCUGUCUGCUGGCUGCUGCUCAAACACUGACUGGCUUCAUGAAGGAAUCUGUGGUUUACUUUGGCGCAGCAACAAGCGAGACGUUCCGAGAGGAGGAAAUCAGCAGAGACACCUCCUCUGUCUGCAGGGACGUUAAUCCCGAGCUGUCACACGCUAGUAUUUCUGCCACUCUGAGCAAAAAUAAACAGCGGCUGAAGUCUGUCA